CAGACGCCGGCCGGGUUAGUCAGCUCUAGCAACACGCUAGGCGGUAGAUUUACAGUGGUCACUAGUGCUAGAGGGAUCGGAGUUUGGUAGCCAUCUAGGAAUUGAACUUCGCGCAAUCGAGCAGGCGAGGCGAUGGCACGGCCGAUCGUCGGAGUGGCGGCUCUGGCGGCCAUGUUCGCCGUGCUCCUGGCGGCGAGCUCCUGCGCUGAGGGGCGCGAUUUCCACGUCGGCGGCCGCGGCGGGUGGGCGCCGGACCCCGCCGAGCCCUUCAACGCCUGGGCGGAGCGCAACCGCUUCCAGGUCAACGACACCCUUGUGUUCAGGUACAACAAGGACGUGGACGCGGUGCUGGUGGUGAGCCAGAGCCACUACGAUGCCUGCAACACCACGGAGCCCAUCCUCCGCCUCGGCGGCGGCGACUCCCGCUUCGUGUUCAACAGCUCCGGGCCCUACUUCUUCAUCAGCGCCGACACGGGCCGGUGCAAGGCCGGCGAGCGCCUCAUCGUCGUCGUCCUCGCCGUCCGCAACAACGGCGGCAACGCGCCGUCGUCGCCUUCGCUCACGCCACCGCCGCCAAAAUCAUCAUCGUCGCCGACAUCUCCGUCUCCCGUUGCUACACCUGCUCCACGCGCGUCGCCGCGGCCGCCCUCGCCACCGAAGUCGUCCUCGUCGCCAACGACCUCGCCUCCUUCCGUUGCUACGACACCUGCUCCGCGUGCGUCGCCUCCACCGCCACCGUCGUCGGGGAAGAACGCUUCAUCUCCGUCGCUGGCGCCGGUGCCCGCGCCCGCGCCUGCUAGCACGAACGGGACGUCGUCGCCACCGUCGCCGUCGUCCGCAGUAGCCUUGAGGGGUGGCGUUCUGGCGUGCCUGAUAAUCGGUGGAGCAGCGAUUCUAGUUUGAUAUUCUUGAUCAUCGUGUGCCCAGGACUUCGAAUUGAUCGAUGUUGGCUAUUAAACUUGAUUACGUUUCGUUAGUUGGGAUGCAGGUUUAGUUUGCUUCU